AUGGCCCCUUAUGGGUUUGUUCUAUAUCAUGGUGUAUGGAUCGAUCCUGACAGCUUGCCCAAGAAAGGCGCCGAGAGGAAUAUUGGAGACUAUCGUACUUGGAAAGACUGGAAGCUAUUGAGGGAGUUGGAACAGCGUGGGCUUCCACUCCCAGAUCCUCAGACUAAAGGCAACAUGGCGAAGGUCUUGCGAAAGCACGACGAAGACGAAGAGGUUUUCGGGCCGGGUCCUCUCUCAAAUCUUACGACUCCUGCAAACAGUCCAUCCAAGACUGGGAAGGACAAGGCCCCUGUUCUCUCCAAGCCCAAAAGCAUACCGACGGUGCCGACUGCAACAGAUGUUCCGCCAGCCCGUGCACCUGAGCAAGAUAUCAUUGACGGCAAUGAUUCAGAUACGGAACUUGAGACAGCUGGCGGAGGGAGUUCCAUCUCAGGGGCAAGACGGCGGCUCGGUCGGCCAUCUCUUGCCGGCCCUACGACUGCGACGGCUAUCACUGGCAUCGAAAACGUUCCAAACGUCGACUAUGAUGAAGAAGUGGACGGAUUGAUCAUCCCGGUCAUCAGCGACGAUGAAUUUGUCUGA